UUGCCAGUGCUGACGCGACUUCUAUGGAGUCUUUCGGCCACCACAUUGUCGCCGGCGCUCGGUGUGUUGAGAUCCGUGGACCAAACCAAUUCCGCAAUGUAGUAUCCGCCAUGCUGUUUAUUCAAUUGCGCCGCCUCAUUAUCACGACUUGUCACCAACUACAGGAGCCAUUGCCCUAUGCUCUCAAGACGUGGUCUCGCUGGGCUGAGCCCACUCAAACGAGAGAUGAAGCUUCUUUGAAUCGCUUUGCUGAAUUGAAUGAGCACCUCGCAGCCGUCCGGGCCGAGAUUAAACGAAAGGGUAUCCGCAACCCUGCAGCUGUUGCCGCGAUGCUAGAUCCGGUCGAUCGCCAGCUUAAAGAUUGGGAAACGAGGCUCCCAGAUACGUGGAGAUUUAAAUCCUACCGAAGUCUUGGCUCAGAGGCCGAUUCGGCUGGGAGCUACAACAUGCAGUAUGACGAAUACCCGGAUUUCUGGGUUGCCUCCACUUGGAAUAAUUACCGGAUGGUCCGUAUUCUGGUUCAUGAAUCCAAGAUGACAGCGACGAUGAAAUACGGCUCGGACAAAGAGAAGAAGGAGCUCCAGCAUUCAGCCCAGACACUCGCAGAAAUGACAAAUGGCAUUUGCUAUAGUGUUGCAUACAUUUUAGGCGACCGGCCCACUGGACUCUAUUCGAAGGGGGCCCACCAGGCUGAAAGUCCUGAUGGACUACCAAAGCCGGGCGGAUACUUGUUGCUAUGGCCACUGUUUCUAGCGGGGUCUUGUUGUACUACUUCAAGGGAUCAGAGAGGCUGGAUUGCCCGUGCUCUGAGAGAUAUAGGUCUACGCAUGGGCAUGCAAUUGGCUGUAUCGAUGGCGACAAAAUUAGAGCAGACAGCCAUCUCGCUUUCAGACCGUGAGAUGUGGAUUUUUGGGGAGUUCUUCCCUAGCAACUGACAAGUUGGUAUUCAUCUUACUUUAUUUAAUUUUAAUUGCGAAAUGACACCAAGACGAGUUCAUG